AGAGAGCCACUGAUGGCUCGCUUCAGAGUGAGGACUGGGCCCUCAAUAUGGAAAUAUGUGACAUCAUCAAUGAAACCGAGGAUGGGUGAGUAGAAAAGUGCAUUUUAACUAGGCUAAUGAAUGAUGUGAAUUAAACACACUUUACACCUAUUCUGGAGCUGUGUGAAGUUGGACUUGUGAAUAUGGCUAUGCUUUCUUGGUGAAGGUCUCUCGCUCUGUUUGCCUUGCCUCUUAUCAAAGGCAGGAAUGGAUUUGAUCCAAGUACUGGCCUACUAUCUAGGGCUUGGAUAGCUAUCUGGCCCAUUAAACUUGUUUGUAAAAGUGUUAAAGUCCAUUGCCUGUUUCUGUUUGAUAAGUGUGUGGUAAAUUAGGGCAGGUGGAUUUGCCCCUACUCACAGUUUAUCUCAAAAUAUGACAUCAGUUUGAUAAAGCCCUCUGUAUCAGGAAUUCAAGGGAAGGCCACACCUACCACUGUUAUGAUGUAUCUGCAUUAUAGUGUAGCCUAGACCAUUGUUAGUAAUACUUUACAUAAAUAAAGAUUUAUGUAAAGUAUUACUAACAUUAUUUCAGUCAACAUGGCGAAAUUCUGCUUGGUGGUGCAGUUACUACAUCGUUACUACGCUGUUGUAGUUAUCAUGUGUGUCUGUCUCCUCCCUAUCUGACCCUGCGCUCUGUUCUGCGCUGUGCGUUGUUGCUGCAGGCCCAAGGAUGCCAUCAGGGCCAUGAAGAAAAGGCUGAACGGGAACAAGAACUACAGGGAGGUGAUGCUGGCACUGACCGUCCUGGAGACAUGUGUGAAGAACUGCGGGCAUCGUUUUCAUGCCCUUGUCACCAGCAGAGACUUCAUAGACGGCGUGCUUGUAAAAAUCAUCUCCCCCAAAAACAACCCUCCCGCCAUCGUACAAGACAAAGUGCUCGCCUUGAUCCAGGUAAAGGAUCACACACUUAUGUGUGAGAGAGUGUGUAUGCAUUACAUGUUUUUAUUUAUUUGUGACAACUUUGGUGAUAAAGCUAAUAGAACGAGCUUUCAUUGAUAAACUACAUUUUAAAGUAUUCUGACAGAAUUGUGUUAGGAGAUGAUGAUGAUAGUUUGUCCUUGAGCAAAUAGAAGUCAUUUGAGAAAGUAUACUAUAUGGAAGUGCUUUGAGAGAGUAUACUGUACUGCACAGUAUGAGGUAGUUGGGGAGAGAAAGGUGUUGGUUGCCUGUGGCUGCAGCCCUGGGGGAUCCAGUGUUCUUCAGGCAGGGCCUCAGGUGUUUGCUACCUGCAGCCAGGUGUUCUCUGGUUACCAUGGGGAUCUUGGGUAACCCUGGCCGAUUGCCUCAGGUGGCCUCUAGUUUCCCUCUGAGAUGGUGGCUGUUGAUGGAACUUUAAUGGUUUUCACCAGACCACAUGCAAGUGUUAUUACAAACGCGGCACUGUUUUCUUACAAGGAUGAAUGUGUAAUGAUGAUACACCCAAGAUGCUCACAUGCUUCAUUGCUCAGCCAACAAGAGCUUUUGUGGUAGCUUAAAUGUAAUUUGUGACACCCUUGACCUAAAUACUUUGACCAUUUAACCCUCUACACAUGUGGGAAUUGGCCUAUAUGAAUAGGGCUAAAUUAAAAUGUUUAGAAUAGAAGAAAAAUGAAAAGCAUAUGCAUAACCAUGGGAGCAAUUGAAAAGGAACAGUUAGGAGAUUAUUGCAAAAUUAUAAGGAACAGUUAGGAGAUUAUUGCAAAAUUAUCAGACCAAAGGUGAGGACAAAACAGUUCACCUGACACAAGACUGAAUCCAAACAUUACACUGCAUUUUACAUUUACUAUACUUUUCGCUGCAUUUGUUGAUAACGAAAUCUGAAAAUACUCUGGAUACAUUCAGUAACAUGAUAAGAAUAUUCCUGGAAAAUGUUGGAUAGGUGCAACAUAAGACACCUCAAUUACAAGGGUUUGAGUGAGCGGACUAACUGGUGUCUCCAAGUGGCCACACACCUCACCACAGUGUGCACAGUUCCUAAGUCAUUUCAAUGCACUUGUGACUCAAAGAAAAGUAUUCAACUAUAAGGUGCUUUUUUUUUUCUUCUUCCUAGCUGUGCCGUUGAGGAAAUAGAGCAAGCACACUUGUAGUUGUUUUGUUUGGAACACAACCCUGCAUCCCCACAUCACAAAAUUACUGUUUAUGCAAUCCAAAAACGGUCCAUUGUAAAUCGCAAUCUGGGUCAGGUGGGCAUAAUUUGAAAGCCAAUUGCCAACAUGAAUAGCUAAGUUAUAAAAUACAAUAUUACGGUGUUAGGCUUUCACAAUGCAAUUCAGGAAAUUGAUCAUUAUUUUGCUGCGCGCAGAAACGAGUCAUGAGUGCAUUGAGGUGUGUGUACCGUGGCAAAUUUUCUUCACAUUUUACAUUUUACAUUUUAGUCAUUUAGCAGACGCUCUUAACCAGAGCGACUUACAGGAGCAAUUAGGGUUAAGUGCCUUGCUCAAGGGCACAUUAACGUCAUUUAGCAGACGCUCUUAGCCAGAGCGACUCACAAAUUGGUGCGUUCACCCUAUAGCCAGUGGGAUAACCACUUUACAAUUUGGGGGGGGGGGGGGGGGGGGGGGGGGUUAGAAGGAAUACUUUAGCCUAUCCCAGGUAUUCCUUAAAGAGGUGGGGUUUCAAAUGUCUCCGGAAGGUGGUGAGUGACUCCGCUGUCCUGGCGUCGUGAGGGAGCUUGUUCCACCAUUGGGGUGCCAGAGCAGCGAACAGUUUUGACUGGGCUGAGGGGGAGCUGUGCUUCCGCAGAGGAAGGGGAGCCAGCAGGCCAGAGGUGGAUGAACGCAAUGUCCUCGUUUGGGUGUAGGGACUGAUCAGAGCCUGAAGGUACAGGGGUGCCGUUCCCCUCACUGCUCCAAAGGCAAUAGACAAACACAGGCUCAUUCUGUUCAGAACAAUCCAGGGUGACGCCAUGUCAUCUUGUAACUCUACAUCAAACAUAGUGAUCAUAAACGUUGACACUGUAUAUGACAUGAGUUUUAUGAUAUGGAAAUGUGGAGUGCACAUUUGGACUCAUGGGUUUGCUUGCUUUUAUGACAUCAAAGCAGUAGUUAUUAUAAUCCUCAACGUCUCUUUCAAAAUACAUAGUCUUCUUUAAUUGACAGCCUUUCCCUGUGAAGCACAGAGCCAGAGCUCUGAUGUCAUGUAUAGCAUUUUACUGUACAGCCACUGUGUUCCAAUUUAGAUGUUUAUCAGUGCCCAAAUCUGCCAUUUUCAACCCGUAUACAGUGGGGAGAACAAGUAUUUGAUACACUGCCGAUUUUGCAGGUUUUCCUACUUACAAAGCAUGUAGAGGUCUGUCAUUUUUAUCAUAGGUACACUUCAACUGUGAGAGACGGAAUCUAAAACAAAAAAUCCAGAAAAUCACAUUGUAUGAUUUUUAAGUAAUUAAUUUGCAUUUUAUUGCAUGACAUAAGUAUUUGAUACAUCAGAAAAGCAGAACUUAAUAUUUGGUACAGAAACCUUUGUUUGCAAUUACAGAGAUCAUACGUUUCCUGUAGGUCUUGACCAGGUUUGCACACACUGCAGCAGGGAUUUUGGCCCACUCCUCCAUACAGACCUUCUCCAGAUCCUUCAGGUUUCGGGGCUGUCGCUGGGCAAUACGGACUUUCAGCUCCCUCCAAAGAUUUUCUAUUGGGUUCAGGUCUGGAGACUGGCUAGGCCACGGAACCACUCCUUAGUUGCCCUGGCUGUGUGUUUCGGGUCGUUGUCAUGCUGGAAGACCCAGCCACGACCCAUCUUCAAUGCUCUUACUGAGGGAAGGAGGUUGUUGGCCAAGAUCUCGCGAUACAUGGCCCCAUCCAUCCUCCCCUCAAUACGGUACAGUCGUCCUGUCCCCUUUGCAGAAAAGCAUCCCCAAAGAAUGAUGUUUCCACCUCCAUGCUUCACGGUUGGGAUGGUGUUCUUGGGGUUGUACUCAUCCUUCUUCUUCCUCCAAACAUGGCGAAUGGAGUUUAGACCAAAAAGCUCUAUUUUUGUCUCAUCAGACCACAUUACCUUCUCCCAUUCCUUCUCUGGAUCAUCCAGAUGGACAUUGGCAAACUUCAGAUGGGCCUGGACAUGCGCUGGCUUGAGCAGGGGGACCUUGCGUGCGCUGCAGGAUUUUAAUCCAUGACGGCGUAGUGUGUUACUAAUGGUUUUCUUUGAGACUGUGGUCCCAGCUCUCUUCAGGUCAUUGACCAGGUCCUGCCGUGUAGUUCUGGGCUCAUCCCUCACCUUCCUCAUGAUCAUUGAUGCCCCACGAGGUGAGAUCUUGCAUGGAGCCCCAGACCGAGGGUGAUUGACCGUCAUCUUGAACUUCUUCCAUUUUCUAAUAAUUGCGCCAACAGUUGUUGCCUUCUCACCAAGCUGCUUGCCUAUUGUCCUGUAGCCCAUCCCAGCCUUGUGCAGGUCUACAAUUUUAUCCCUGAUGUCCUUACACAGCUCUCUGGUCUUGGCCAUUGUGGAGAGGUUGGAGUCUGUUUAAUUGAGUGUGUGGACAGGUGUCUUUUAUACAGGUAACGAGUUCAAACAGGUGCAGUUAAUACAGGUAAUGAGUGGAGAACAGGAGGGCUUCUUAAAGAAAAACUAACAGGUCUGUGAGAGCCGGAAUUCUUACUGGUUGGUAGGUGAUCAAAUACUUAUGACAUGCAAUAAAAUGCAAAUUAAUUACUAAAAAAUCAUACAAUGUGAUUUUCUGGAUUUUUGUUUUAGAUUCCGUCUCUCACAGUUGAAGUGUACCUAUGAUAAAAAUGACAGACCUCUACAUGCUUUGUAAGUAGGAAAACCUGCAAAAUCGUCAGUGUAUCAAAUACUUGUUCUCCCCACUGUAUGGGUACGAGUCUAAAGGGCUACCUGAAUAAAGCACUGACAGACUUUCUCUUUCUCCCUCCCUUCUCCCAGGCGUGGGCUGACGCGUUCAGGAGUAGUCCAGACCUGACGGGUGUGGUCCAUAUCUAUGAGGAGCUGAAGAGGAAAGGCAUUGAGUUCCCCAUGUCGGACCUGGAGACCCUGUCUCCAAUCCACACUCCUCAACGGGUAUGACUGCCACUGUCACAUCCAUUUGCAUGCGUUUCCCUACUCUAUGUUGAGUAUGAGAAUCCAUCUGUUAUUCUGCUAUUUUGUAGUAAAAAAACAUUUUUUCUCAUUUUAAAGCUGUCGACUGGCCCUGAGGUGAACCAAGCCACACAGAAGGCCACAGCCCCUCCCCCAGCCCAGCCUAUCCCCCACCCCCAUCAGCAGCCUCCUCCCCAUGCUGUCUCCGCCCCACCCUUUGCAGCGUCUGUCCCGCCCACCUACACCGCCCCGCAGGUCCCCAACCUCGGCGCCUCUGGGUCUAUCAACCCCUCACCUGAACAGGUAUGGAGUCAGUGAAUGGCCAUUACAGUUGCAAGAUCCCCUGUAGGUCAGUUGGUAGAGCAUGGCGCUUGCAACGCCAGGGUUGUGGGUUCAUUUCCCACGGGGGGCCAGUAUGAAAAAUGUAUGCACUCACUAACUGUAAGUCGCUCUGGAUAAGAGCGUCUGCUAAAUGACUAAAAUGUAAAAUCUGUUCCCUUCCCAGAUUUGUGAAAAGGAAUUAAAAAUCUUCUGGAAAGCUUGCAUUCUAAGGUGCAAGGAGAUGGAUCUGAGAGGAGUUAACAUGUUAUUCCUUCUGCUGUCCAGAUCUGUCGGCUGCGCAGUGAGCUGGACAUCGUGCGUGGCAACACCAAGGUGAUGUCAGAGAUGCUGACAGAGAUGGUUCCUGGACAGGAGGACCCCUCGGACCACGAGCUCCUGCAGGUCAUACUCAUCCCCCCCCCUUCUCUGACUCUAUGAUGUCAGCUUCAACCCUGGUAUUGUUACAGUUCAUUUUAUAGGGUCCGGUUCCUUGACCAAUAGAAAAUAUGAUUGAAUUGUGUUUCCAUAGAGCAAAAGGGUGUUCCCACAGGGAGUGCUUUCAAUGUUGGUACAGGUAGUUUCCUUUUUCUGCAGUUGGUACACAAUGAAAGCACUAACGCCAUCGGAUCCUUUCAGAUCUCUGAUAACUGUAUAAAGGGCUAGACUGGGGUUAAUGUCAGACUGGGUAACGCACACACUGGGUAGUACCAAAGUGUAAACCUGUGUGUGUGCUGUUUGUAGGAGCUGAACCGGACGUGCCGGGCCAUGCAGCAGCGGAUAGUGGAGCUCAUCUCCUGUGUGUCUAACGAGGAGGUCACAGAGGAACUUCUGCACGUCAAUGACGACCUCAACAACAUCUUCCUACGCUAUGACAGGUAGGCUAGCUCACACACCUCAACAACAUUUCUCACCACUAUGAGACAUUUCUGUCUCAAAUAACACCUUUCUACUCAAUGCGAGGCAUGCAUGACUUCAUGUAAUAGUUGUUAUGAACAGGUGUGGACCAGUUUUUACUUGGAUAUUUUCAUUAUUUAGAUUUUUCUCUCAGGUACGAGAGGUUCCGGUCAGGCAGAGCAUCUCAGGGUAUCAGCAAUGGGGUGAGUUUGCAGUGACAGCCAUAGGAAGUAACCCCUCCCACACGCACGCACACACACUAUAACAUCACUUCCUUAUUUGUACAUGGUUGACACAUGCGAAUGCAUCAUGUUAUUCCUAUCUCUACUUGAUACUUUGUCUUCCAUAGCAUGCCUGUUUCUCACAAAUGUUUUCUCAUACUGUAACGUCGUCGAGUCUGUUCUGUCUAGAGAUGUAGGCUAAGGCAUGUUACUUGUUAGAUCAUCUUUCUGCGCCGUACCGUUAAUAUCAUGCCCACACUGACUGUGGCGUGUUGCCCAGGCAUGUUAAUGGUAUUUAUGGUCUUUUCCUUUCUGUUUUGUGUCUUUAUGGCUAGCUGAGGCAGGCAAGUAUGAAAGUCACCCCAAUAAUUAGUAUGUCACAUGUAUUUGGACCCCAAGUGGCACUGUUAAAACAUCGAUGAAUGACCCUGUAUAUGGGUGGUCCUCUGUAGCUCAAUUAGUAGAGCAUGGCGCUUGUAACGCCAGGGUAGUGGGUUCGAUCCCCGGGACCACCCAUACGUAAAAAUGUAUGCAUGCAUGACUGUAAGUCGCUUUGGAUAAAAGCGUCUGCUAAAUGGCUUAUUAUUAUAUUAUAAUCCCAUCUGCUCCAUAUGGCAUGUUUUAGCCACACAUACUCCUCAGUAACUGACCCAGAGACAGUCUAAAGCUGGGAGAAGGAUGAAGUUGCCACUAGACACUGAUCUAAGAUCAGUUUAGAUUUGUCCUCCCUGUAUGGUUAAAGUUGGGAUUCAGGGAGGGUAAGCUGAUCCUAGAUCUGUGCCUAAGGGGCAACAUCUACCAGGUGUCUAAAGAUGCCCUGACCCCUCCCAUCCCACACAACCACCCAUCUUUCUCAAGGGGAAAGAUUGAUCUCUUAAUCAGCCAAAAUAAAAAACAACACCCAGUGCAAAGUUCAUUGCCGUGGUAACUGUAGGCUCUGCUCACAAUUUAAUGACCAAUCAGAGAGGCACACAAAACAGAUCAAUCUUCACCACAAUCAAAUUUUAUUGCAUUUCUCUUCUUAGCCGUUUCUGUCCGAGUCCCUACACCCUUAACAAAAAGUCCCACAAACAACAACUGUUCCUCAUUCAUGGGCAUAUUCAUGCUUUUCUCCAGCUAACCUAUGAUUUUCCCUGAUCUCUCACAUUCCUAUGUGCUUUAUUUGCCUGAAACCUUCUGUUCUAGCUAAUCAUUUUGAUGUUGGUCAAAUCGAUGAACAAACUAAAGCGAGGUGCCGUAGCCCUUUUUGUGUAAUCCCCUUAGCAACUAGUUUGUCACUUUGUGUUUGUUGUAGUGACUAAUGGGAAAUGGAAUUGGCAUUCUGUUUGGAAUGGGCUCCUAAAAGAGUGGUCUUUCAUACUCUUCUGCGGGACUCUCUCUCCCUCUCGCUUUCCGUCGCGCUCUCUCUCUCUCGCUCACUCAUUCUCAUAUCCCUGGUUCCCAGGUCCUCAGUGAGGCUACAGAGGACAACCUGAUAGACCUGGGUCCUGGCUCUCCUGCUGUCGUCAGCAACAUGGUCACCGCCCCCGCUGCACGCCCUUCCUCACCCGCCUCCCUGGCCUCUCAGCUGGCCGGCCUUGGUACGUCCCCCAGACUCUGUAUUACUGUACACACCAUCCAAGUCUAUUUAGUAAAAGACAAAUCUACUGUAACAGUGCUGAUUCAUUUUGUUCUCUUUGAACUGUUUACCAGGUCAUUCAGCAAUAUGACAUAUUCUUAAAAACACAAAUGUAAUUAACAUUUAUUUUAUUAUGUCUGAACAAUAUGGCUGAUGUCCUUUUGUUGUUCCUCAGAUGUGGGUGACAGUGUGAGCAGCACUCUGAGCUCUCUGCCCAGCUGUAAGCCUCAGGACGACUUUGACAUGUUCGCCCAGACCAGGACUGGAUCUCUGCCUCUGACCACCGAGACACUCAUCACGUAAGAACGCAUCAUACAUGGUAUCCUGUUCAGAGACUACGCCUAGCCCUUACCUCCUAGGCUUGUAAUGAAUAGAGCAUACACAAUUCACUAUUCUACAUGACUGAGAAUGAUACAUGUUCUACACAAUACAUUUCUAUCUGAAUGUUGUGUUCUUCUGGUCAUUAAACACUACCUCUCUCCUGGCAGAGCUCCUCUAGAGGACCUUAAUGCUAUAGGUGGGAUUGGGCUGCCUCCUCUGGAAGUCAGGCAGCAGCCUGCAGGAGGGGUGAGUACUCUGGCUGGCCAACCUUUAGAAGUGCAC